AUGUCGAUUGAUCCAAACCUUCUCAGCCUCAUUCAGACCAACGGCAAUCUGAAUCCAACAGCAAUUCUCGCGCUUGCUUCAAAUGCUAUUACACCUAUUCAAUCAACCGCACCGCCGCUUUCCAUGGCGCCACCACCAACACCUAACGAAUUGACUAAUUUUAUCAAUACUCUUCUCGGUGCGCAACAGACAAUUCAGGAGACUUCGAAUGAUCAAGCUUCAAAGCUGUUCAUGCUGGACAUGAUAUAUGCUACAAACGGGCCAAAGCCAAUUGAACCGAAUCCAAAGUGCGAGAUCUUAUCUGAUAUUCAAGUGAAGCAGGAGGUGUCGCCGAAUCAUUAUUUGCUGCUGACCGGCUCCGACUCAUCACCAAUUCCUGAUAUCAUCCUCACAAAUGAGUACAAGCCGAACAAUUCCGGACUACUUGCAAUUAAACAUCAGGUUCCGACAUGCAACGUCUGCCGCUAUCCAAUAAUUGAGCCAAUAACCGCAUAUGUCGAAGAGAAGCCUUAUCAUAUCAAUUGUGUACGAUGCGCCAGUUGCGAGCUUCCAAUGGGCUUUGAGCAGACAUGUUUUAUGAAAGAUGGACAGCUGUUAUGCCGAAAUGAUUACGCAAAAAAGUUCCGCAAAAAAUGCGCGAAAUGCGAUGGAACCAUCACUCAGGACGAUAUUGUAAUGAAAGUCCGAGAUGCUGUUUUUCACCAUUCCUGCUUCUCAUGCUAUAUUUGCAACGCAACUCUCAAUAAGGGUGACCUUUUCACAAUGUCCGCUCAAAAGCAUUUGUUCUGCCAUUCCCACUACGAAGUCGUAUGUAAUACGGUCCUGCGCGAAGAAGCACCUCCCGCUGCGUCGGCACAAAGAGACAAUUCGGAAGAGCCGGAAGAAACUGAAGAGGAAGGCAUGAACCAUGCUCGUUCGAAGCGAAUGCGAACCUCAUUCAAACAUCAUCAAUUGCGAACAAUGAAGCAGUAUUUCAAUUUGAAUCAUAAUCCGGAUGCGAAGGAUUUGAAGCAGCUCGCCCAGAAAACCGGGCUCACGAAACGAGUGCUUCAGGUGUGGUUCCAAAACGCUCGCGCCAAAUACCGUCGAAGUAUGCAAAAUCGGGAGGGCGGCAAUAUUUCCCCGGGCAUUCCCCAGCCAUUGUCUAUCAUCGAUAACGCCUCGCAAAUUUCAUCUGCUUCUAGUCAAUCUUCGGACUACACCUCUAACGUCGCCACACCGCCAGAAAACUCUAGUGAAUAUUAUGAGCAGCCCACACUCGUUUCACUGUAA